AUGUGGCAUUUCAACUAGAAGCUUGAAUCUUAGCUUGGAUGUCUCGAAUAGAUGUGUUUGUUAAAUAGCUUUCUAUUUUAAUAAAUCUACUUUAAAAUGUAAAGUUAUAAUUAUAAUAAUUUAGCUGGUAAUCUUCAUGUAAAGAAUGUAAAACGUAGACAAAAUGUAUAGAGUGUGAAAAUCUUACUAGAUAUUUUGAUCUCAGAUAAUUUGAAGUGUCCAUGCAAAAUUAAAUUUUAAGAUAUGUAUCAAUUAAUCUACAAGAUAUUUAUCAUUAAAAUCAACUUAUUUUAGAAUUUUAAAUAAUUCUAAUUAAUGUAUUUGUUUAGAUGGUUAUUAUGAUAUUGGGAUUGAGAUGUAUUAAAAAUGCAAUUUAUUUUAGUUUAUAUUGCAAGACUUGUUAAAUAACUUCAACAAAAUUUGCUUCAUUUAACUAAACACAAUAUUUCAGAUUAUUAAAUAAAAAUCAAUGUAUUUGCUAACAUAGAUAUUAUAAUAAUAAUUCAUUAAUUUGUGAAAGCGUACAAUUAUAAUUAAUUUUAUAGAAUGUUCCAAUUAAGGUCUUACGUGUGAAGGGAUAAGAGAUUAUUGCAUAUAUUGUGAUCAUAAUUAAAAUAGAAUUGAUUAAUCUAUUCUUAAUAAAUAUCCUUGUUCAACUGGUUUCUAUUCAGAUGAAAAUGAAAAUUGUUAAAGUAUUAAUUUUAUACAUAAUAGAAAUGCCGAUCUGUUCUUAUUCCAAACUUCUAAUUGACGUAGCAUAUCUCAGAAUUGUAUUUGGAAAGAUGGUUAUUUUUAUGAUGGCAUUUAGGUGGAUUGUUAAAAAUGCUGUACACGUUGUAAAUUUUGUUAAAAUUUUUCAAUUAAUUGUUUAACUUGUUUUUGCAAUCUGAGAGAUACACUUCCUAUUCGUAAUUGCAUACUUGGAUCUUUUGAAAAAUCUUUUUAAAAUUGUGGACUUAAUCAAAUCAAUAUUAUUUUAGCAUGUGAAAUUUAUGUCUAACUUGUGAAAAGGCCUCUUCAAAUUUUUUAUCAUGUAAAAAGGAAGAUCCACUCAACUUUGUUUAUGUUAAGAUGGGCAUUAUGAAGGAGGAUAGCCUCUCUGUGUUUGUAUAUUAAUUAUUAAAAAAAUUAAGAAUGCAACUUUUAAUGUACAACAUGCAAAGAUUGCUCAUUAAAUUGUCUAAAGGAGAUCGUAUUUAAAUCCCUAAAUUUUAAUAUCCUGAUUGAUUUUAUGAUGAUCUAUCAAAUGAAUCUUGUUAAGUUUGUUAUGGAUUAUGUAAAACAUGUAAUCUAGAUGGUUUUCUCAGUUGUAAUGGCAAUAGAAUCCUAUCUCCUGAAAUGUCAUGUGAUUAACCAAAAAAUUCUGUGAGCCAUUCUAAUACCUCCUGGUGUUCAAGUAUUAAUAUUUUCAAUUAAUAACAAAGCUUUUGAAGUUGCUGUAGUAGAUGCUAGGUUCUCAGAUGACUUACUAUCUGUUUCUGUAAAGUUUGACUUUUCAUUGAAUCCAUCAUUCUUUACUACUUAAUUUUAAGAUAAUAUCUGCUAAAAAAUACUAGGUAAUCAAAAAUACUUAUUAAUUGGCAAAAAUCCUAUUUGUUAUGUGGAUCCAGAUGAUGAUAAAGUUAGAAAUAAUUUUAUAUUCUAUAAAAAAUUAAUCAUAAAAGUAAGAUUAAAAGUUAAGUUUAUUCAAGGGGGGAUAAAAUCAUACUUUACAUGGAUUCAAUGGAAAUGGGGAUCUUGA